CCCGCUGCUCCGUGCAUCCUCCUCCCGCUGCUCCGUGCAUCCUCCUCCUCCUCCUCCCGCCGAGCUCCCGGAGGCCGCGGGGAGCUCCGUCCGGGCUCGGCAUGAGCAGCCGGGCCGGGGGCGGCGGCGUCCUGGGCUGAAGCCGCAGCGCCGGAGCAGCCAAGCCCCGCGGCCCCGCUCGCCGUCGACAUGCCCAACCCCAAAGCCGGCAGGGGCGGACGGAAAAACAAACGCGCCAACAGCAGCGGGGACGAGCAGGAAAAUGGAGCCGGGGCGGGGGCCGCGCCGGGGGCCGGGGCGGGAGCCGGGCCGGGGGCCGGGGCGGCGGCGGCAGGGUCGGGGUCGGCAGCAGCAGCAGCAGCGGCCGCAGGAGGAGCGGCCGGAGCCGGGGGAUCCGUGGCCGCCGCCGCCGCCGCCACCGCCGCCGCCACCGCCAGCAGCGACACCAAGACCGAAGCUCCUUGCGCCACACCGUUGAUUUGCAGCUUCGGAAGGCCGGUAGAUCUCGAAAAGGACGACUACCAGAAGGUGGUGUGCAACAAUGAGCACUGCCCCUAUAGCAACUGGAUGCACCUCCAGUGUUUUUACGAGUGGGAGAGCAGCAUCCUCGUCCAGUUCAACUGCAUUGGCCGAGCCCGGAGUUGGAACGAAAAGCAGUGCCGUCAAAACAUGUGGACCAAGAAGGGCUACGACCUGGCCUUCCGCUUCUGCUCCUGCCGUUGCGGGCAGGGCCACCUGAAGAAGGACACGGACUGGUACCAGGUGAAGCGCAUGCACGAUGAGAAGAAGAAGAAGGCCGUGACGGAGAAAAGCAUGGGCAGGGCCGGGGCGGAGGUGGCAGAGGAGGCAAAAAAAUGCAGGCCUCUCAACAAGCCACAGAAGGGUUUGAACCAUGACCUCCAGCGGAGACACUCGAUGGACAGACAGAACUCGCAGGAGAAAGGCGUCAAUGCUGGCGGCUAUGGAAUGCGCUCCCCCUGCGGCUCCCCUGGCCAAACCCCUCCUACAGGCUACGCUAUCCUCUCCCCUGCUCAUUUCAGUGGCCCCCGCUCCUCCCGAUACCUGGGGGAGUUUUUAAAGAAUGCCAUUCACCUCGAGCCUCACAAGAAAAACAUGGCUGCUGGUGGCGGCAUGUUCCGGAACGCCCACUUUGACUACGGGGCGGCUGGGUUACAGGCCCACAGGGCUGGACACUUUGACGCUCCAGUGCAAUUCCUGAGGAGGCUCGACCUGUCCGAGCUGCUUGCCCACAUCCCCCGCCAUAAACUGAACACUUUCCACGUUCGGAUGGAAGACGACGCUCAUGUGGGUCAGGGGGAGGAUCUCCGGAAGUUCAUUCUCGCUGCCCUUAGUGCCAGCCACAGGAACGUGGUAAACUGUGCCCUUUGUCACCGGACCCUCCCGGUGUUUGAACAGUUCCCUCUGGUGGAUGGAACUCUUUUUCUGAGCCCAUCGAGACACGAUGAGAUUGAAUACGAUGUUCCUUGUCACCUUCAAGGGAGACUCAUGCAUCUGUAUGCUGUGUGCGUGGAUUGCUUAGAAGGGGUUCAUAAAAUAAUCUGCAUUAAGUGUAAGUCACGAUGGGAUGGAAGUUGGCACCAACUGGGCACCAUGUACACCUAUGAUAUUUUGGCAGCCUCUCCAUGUUGUCAGGCUCGACUGAACUGUAAGCACUGUGGAAAACCAGUAAUCGACGUUCGGAUUGGAAUGCAGUAUUUCUCAGAGUACAGCAAUGUCCAGCAGUGCCCACAUUGUGGGAACCUAGACUACCACUUUGUGAAGCCAUUUUCUUCUUUUAAAGUUCUGGAGGCUUAUUGACAAAAACUUUGCUUUAGUAUUAGUUGUUUUAUGGGUAUUACUACUUUAUUACAUAUCUUUUAUAGGAAACUUCUGUGACAUUAAUUUCUUUUGUAAUUUAAAGAACAGGUUUCUUGUAUAUGUAUGUUACUAAAUCUGGGACUGACACUCCCCACCCCCCCAGCACUCCUAACCUCUUCUCCACACCCCCCAGGUCUUAGCCCAGGGCCAAGGCCAGGGCUAGCUAGUCCUGGGCCCCGGUGUGUCUCACGUGAGUUUGGGGGAGGGGAAAACCAUGUUUAAUGAUCUUUGAAACAGAGGUGCCAACUUUUAAAUUUAAGCGUGGGGACAAAAAAUGGGAGCAGGGAUUUUAGUAGGGGGUGGGGAUUGGAAAGCCUUCAGAGAGCGGAUAGAUCAGAAAGCCAAAAUUUUGGUUCUUUUUGGUCCUGAUGGGAAACUCUCAGGUCUUGUCAGAGAUUUGAGAUGAGCAAACCUAGGUGUCCAGCUCAGAAAUCUGAGGGAGACCAUCACCCUGGCCUGGCCCCGUGGAGUGAGGGCCUGUGCUUGAAAUAGCUUUAAGUUAAGGCGGGGAGGCAAGGAAGGAAACGUGUAAACGCAUAGACUGGAAGCCUGAUGGAGUUCAGCUGCUUUUUGGGGUAGGGAGGCCAACUCCAUUCAAACAGGAAAUGGUUUCAGCUUCAUUCUCAGGUUUUGCCUGGGAUUUGAGAAAACUAAACUAUGUGACAAGUGAAUGUAAAUCUGUGCCAGGAGAGGCGUUUUGUGUAUUAGUCUGUAUCUUGGCGUAGUGUUCUGCAGUAUACAUUGACAUGAAAGUUACCCUCACUGACAGAUCAUUUGGAGGUGGAUAUUGUUGGAGUACCGUUUCAUCGCUAUUGUAAUUUAGCUGUCAGGUAAGUUCUUUAUAACAAUUUUGGAAUGGAGUGAUACACUUGUUUAACUUCAGAGCUACAAUAAUCUAAGUCGAUAGACUUUCGGAUCCUGCCAUUCCCUCCAAUUGCCUUCCAAAUACUACUGAAAUCAUAGUGUUUGACUUUGUGGGAAGGACUGGUUUUCUUGAAAGGAUAGGGCAAGAGAAAACGUACCAAUUUGACCUUUUAUAAUACUGUAGUGCUAAGCACAGUGGCAGACAGAAGAUGACUCGACUGUACUUAGUCCCUGUCCCACGCAGAACUCACAAUCAAAGCGUCAUCAUUUGGGAAAUUAUGGGCAGAACAAACCAUUGCCACUAGUAGAUUUCCUAGAGAACUCUUAUCACUGAGACAGUUUAAAAUCUGGUUUUCAAGCGGAUUGUGGUCUCUUCCAUGAUACACUUCCACUCAAGAGUAUGACUGAAAUAAAACCUUAGAUUCUGGAAAGCCGAUUUCAAAGAAUGGCCCUAAAACAUAAGUAUAGAACUAGGUUGCGGUUUUUCAAAUUAAGGUGAACUGGGAAUUACAAAUUUGCAGGCGAGACUAUAGUUGGGUAUAGUGGAACUUAACAAGAGAAUGCAUAAAGUGUUUGAUAGAUGCAUGUUAUGUUACGGCAAGUCCUUUUUAUUCCUGAACAAUAAUUUCUUCCGUUUUUCUAUUCUCAGAGAAACCGGGUUCCUUUUUGCUUUCAGAAGUGUUUGGGCAUGACUGCCAAUGAGUUAGAGAUACACUCCAUGACGUAUUUAGAGACUCCAGCAUUUGAGGAUCACAGCGUUUGAAUAAUGCCCUUUAUUUCUCACUUUGUGUGCUUCUAAGUGUCAACUGUUGCCUCCAGAUUGAUUUUUGGUGGUCUGAAAACAUGCCACAGCAGGGCAAAGUGCUAGAGAUAUUGUGAGAGGAGAAACACAGCUCUCUUAUCUGCCAAUUUUUAACUUCACUGGAAGAGGUAUAUAGAGGAAACAAGCCUUGAGAAGUUGCACUCAGUGUUCCAGUGAUGAACCCAUUAUAUGCCCAAACAUUAACCUCAGACGAACUUCUGUCUUGAGAGUACCAUUUGGACUUUGUUUCUGAAGUUAAUGUGAAUGGUAAAAUCGUUUGCCACUCAUUUUUCUUACUCUAGUAAAGUGUGUACAGUGAAACUUGCUUAACUUCUGUACUUAACACGUUUUCUUGUGAAUGGCAUUCAAUUUUUAAUGUUCUUUUUAAACCCCACAAGUCAUCGGGCCUCUGGCAUUUAACAUUGUUUUUCCUCUUAGUUUUUAUUUUUCUUGAUCCCUUGAAAAAUGAUAAAACAAGGUCUUACUGUGAAAGAAAAUGAUCUUUUCAUCUUUAUCUUUAAGAUGAAAUCAGGAUGUGUUGUUGCUGUGUUGUAUGAAGGGAUAAAACUGUACACUGUCAUUUGGUUUCAAACUUCAAGUGAUCCUUUGAUUUACAGGAGUCUAGGUAUUGCCAAAAUUCUUCUGCUUUGGAGACUAAAGUAGAGCAGGGUUUAAGUACCAUUGUAAUAAAUAGACAGGUUCAGUUCUUUGUUCCCCAUUCCCUUCCAAAGUAAAAUGCCAUUAAAUGCUUUCUCCUUUUGUCAAUAUCUUGAGAACUGGGCCAUCACCUGUUGAAGGUACAUUUUUGUUGUGUGUGUAUGCAGGACAUAGAUUACUGUAAAGCAGCGAUCUGUGAAGGAACAUGGCCAUAAUAAUAAUAAUAAUAAUAACUGUGGCAUUUGCUAAGCUCUUAUAUUUUUGCUAAGUGCUGGGGUCAAAAUGAGAUAAUCAGUUUGGAUACAGUCCCUGUCCCACAUGGGGUCAUCAUUCCACUGUGUUGGGUUGGACUAGGUCGAAAGGCCAGUGAAAUGUUUGAGAUCAGUCAGCCAAUCAUAAUAAUGUUGGUAUUUAUUAAGCGCUUACUAUGUGCCGAGCACUGUUCUAAGCGCUGGG